AUGUUCAAGAUCACCUCCCAGAUGAAUCUUUAUAGAGAAACUGUCACUCAGGCCAUGAUGCUUGAAAAGACCUUCUCCACCUUUCAUGCCUCAAAUAUGGUCUUACAGCAACAAUACCGGGAAAGAGGAUUCACCAAAUACUCUGAUCUCAUAUCUUGUCUUCUGGUGGCUGAGCAAAACAAUGAGCUCUUAAUGAAGAACCAUCAGUCUCGCCCUACAGGAUCACAGCCAUUCCCUGAAGCGAAUGCUAUUUUUACUAGUGGUCAUGGCAAUAGACGUGGUGGAAGGCAUGGCAAAGCCCGUAACCGUGGUCAUAGACGUGGUCAGGGUCGACAAAAUGGUCAAGCUCGUGGGGGCUACAACCAGCAGUUGGGCUCAAGGAACAAUGCCAAGAUUACUAAAGGAAAUGGUCAGAUGAUCAAAACUCAUAAAAAUGAUGAUAAUGUUUGUCUUAGAUGUGGUGGUAAAAGCCACUGGGCUCGUACCUGUCGUACAGAAGACCAUUUGGUGGCACUUUAUAAAGCUUCCCUAAAAAAGAAAAAUGUGGAGACAAACUACAUUGAUCACUCUGACCCUUGGGAUUCAUCUGAGCCUCUGGACAUUACCCCCCUUGAUAUCUCAGAUUUUUUUGCGAACAAUGGAAGCAAUUUUGAUGAUAUGACCAGUGGUGGAAUUCUUGACGACAACUAG